UCACCCACCUGAUGAAGCGUAUUCAGAGAGGACCUGUCCGAGGCAUCUCCAUCAAACUGCAGGAGGAGGAGAGAGAGAGGAGGGACAACUACGUCCCCGAGGUCUCUGCCCUUGACCAGGAGAUCAUCGAAGUGGACCCAGACACCAAGGAGAUGCUGAAGCUCCUGGACUUCGGCAGCCUGUCCAACCUGCAGGUGACGCAGCCGACAGUGGGGAUGAACUUCAAAACGCCCCGAGGAGCGCUCUGAGUCGGUCCCUCUGUCUCGCUUUUCCAAUAAACGUGAGGAAACCA